AAGGACAAUGCCGGAAACAAAACUAUAACUUUCAUGUGCAUACUUGUUUUCAUUUCUACCCAAAUCCAUUCUAAGGAUGUCAAACGGUGAGGUCGGCGUUAAAGUGAACGCCCAAUGGCCAUACUUGCUGCUCAUCUAGCAGCACCGCCACCCUCCGACCUUUCUUCUCUGCCGAUCAUUGAGCCAUGGUGCGUCUCUGCUCAGACCGCCGCCUCCCUUGGCGUUUCCUUGACCAACAUCGACGAACGCACUGGGAAGAAGUACCAGGUCUCUGUCUCCGCAGAAGGCAACGUUAAAGCGGUUGCUUUGAAGAAGGUCUAUAACGACCGGACAGAGGACAAGGGGCCCAAGAUGUAUGACCCUGGCUAUUUGAACACCGCUCCUGCACGCUCAUCAAUUUCCUAUAUUGACGGGGAUCAGGGGACCCUUCGAUACAGAUGCUACCCAAUUGAGGAAUUGGCCGAGAGCAGUACCGUCUUAGAAGUGGCCUAUCUCCUCAUAUAUGGAAAUUUGCCUUCUGAAAGUCAGUUGGCUGAUUGGGAAUUUGCUGUUUCUCAGCAUUCAGCUGAUAUAGUACGGUCAAUGCCUGAUGGCACACACCCAAUGCGUGUACUUGUCAGUGGAAUGAGUGCUCUCCCCAUCUUUCAAGCGGAUGCAAAUCCUGCUCUUAAGAUGGCCAACAAGGGUGCUUUCAUUCGUUUUGAAGCUCCUGAUUUGAAGCCAAACAUUGUUACAUUCUCAGCGGUGCCUCAUCCUGAUGUCAAGCCAAUGGCGUAUGCAAACAACUUUCUUCGGUUGUUCCAAUAACUUACAUAUUUGUCUUGAAUGGUCUAUCUUCUAUGGUUUUGGGGAUAGAAAAGCUCAACUGCUGAACGGUAAGUUGCUUGAGCUAGAGAAAUAGUGCUUGUUGACAAUGCUGGUUUGACUAAUAGUUUUUCCUUUCAAGGAAUCCCUUGGAGGUGCAUUCUUUCUACUACUUUUCGUUAGUUAGGAAGUUCAGGCAUUUCGUCCAUUGUUGAAAAUUUCCUUUGAUGUCGCUCAGAAAGGAACCUGAUGGUGCCUUGUAAAAUGUAUGACCCCUUUUGAUCUUUGUGUCUAACAUUUGUUCCUAUUUAUCCGAACAAUAAACUUGGUGUGUUUCU